AUGAACCACCUCCUCAUCAACGUGAGGAAGACCAAGGAGAUGAACCACCUCCUCAUCAACGUGAGGAAGACCAAGGAGAUGAACCACCUCCUCAUCAACGUGAGGAAGACCAAGGAGAUGAACCACCUCCUCAUCAACGUGAGGAAGACCAAGGAGAUGAACCACCUCCUCAUCAACGCAGGGAAGACCAAGGAGAUGAACCACCUGCUCAUCAACAUGAGGAAGACCAAGGAGAUGAACCGCCUCCUCAUCAACGUGAGGAAGACCAAGGAGAUGAACCACCUCCUCAUCAACGCAGGGAAGACCAAGGAGAUGAACCACCUCCUCAUCAACGUGAGGAAGACCAAGGAGAUGAACCACCUCCUCAUCAACGCAGGGAAGACCAAGGAGAUGAACCACCUCCUCAUCAACGUGAGGAAGACCAAGGAGAUGAACCACCUCCUCAUCAACAUGAGGAAGACCAAGGAGAUGAACCGCCUCCUCAUCAACGUGAGGAAGACCAAGGAGAUGAACCACCUCCUCAUCAACGCAGGGAAGACCAAGGAGAUGAACCACCUCCUCAUCAACGUGAGGAAGACCAAGGAGAUGAACCACCUCCUCAUCAACAUGAGGAAGACCAAGGAGAUGAACCGCCUCCUCAUCAACGCGGGGAAGACCAAGGAGAUGAACCACCUCCUCAUCAACAUGAGGAAGACCAAGGAGAUGAACCGCCUCCUCAUCAACGUGAGGAAGACCAAGGAGAUGAACCACCUCCUCAUCAACGCAGGGAAGACCAAGGAGAUGAACCACCUCCUCAUCAACGUGAGGAAGACCAAGGAGAUGAACCACCUCCUCAUCAACGCAGGGAAGACCAAGGAGAUGAACCACCUCCUCAUCAACAUGAGGAAGACCAAGGAGAUGAACCGCCUCCUCAUCAACGUGAGGAAGACCAAGGAGAUGAACCACCUCCUCAUCAACGUGAGGAAGACCAAGGAGAUGAACCACCUCCUCAUCAACAUGAGGAAGACCAAGGAGAUGAACCACCUCCUCAUCAACGUGAGGAAGACCAAGGAGAUGAACCACCUCCUCAUCAACGUGAGGAAGACCAAGGAGAUGAACCACCUCCUCAUCAACGUGAGGAAGACCAAGGGGAUGAACCACCUCCUCAUCAACGUGAGGAAGACCAAGGAGAUGAACCACCUCCUCAUCAACGUGAGGAAGACCAAGGAGAUGAACCACCUCCUCAUCAACGUGAGGAAGACCAAGGAGAUGAACCACCUCCUCAUCAACGUGAGGAAGACCAAGGAGAUGAACCACCUCCUCAUCAACGUGAGGAAGACCAAGGAGAUGAACCACCUCCUCAUCAACGAGGUUCUGCUGCCGAGGAGGCUCUACUGCCGAGGAGGUUCUGCUGCCGAGGAGGCUCUGCUGCCGAGGAGGCUCUGCUGCCGAGGAGGCUCUGCUGCCGAGGAGGCUCUGCUUCCGAGGAGGCUCUGCUUCCGAGGAGGCUCUACUGCCGAGGAGGUUCUGCUGCCGAGGAGGUUCUGCUGCCGAGGAGGCUCUGCUGCCGAGGAGGCUCUGCUGCCGAGGAGGCUCUGCUGCCGAGGAGGCUCUGCUGCCGAGGAGGCUCUGCUGCCGAGGAGGACACCGGCUCCUGUCCACUUCACCAACAUCGUCCAGCGUCCCCACAGCAGAGAGGGGCCCCUGGACGGCAGAGGCUCCGUCCAAUCAGAGACCAGCGUGUCUGCUCUCUUUGUGGAUGACCCUGAAGUCCCGCCUCUCAUUGCGGCGCCCCCUGGAAGCCCCUGGAGUCAUUGCAGUGCGGCGCCCCCUGGAGGCCCCUGGAGUCACUGCAGUGCUGAGGCCCCUGGAGUCAUUGCAGUGCGGCGCCCCCUGGAAGCCCCUGGAGUCAUUGCAGUGCGGCGCCCCCUGGAAGCCCCUGGAGUCAUUGCAGUGCGGCGCCCCCCCUGGAGUCACUGCAGUGCUGAGGCCCCUGGAGUCAUUGCAGUGCGGCGCCCCCUUGAGGCCCCUGGAGUCAUUGCAGUGCUGAGGCCCCUGGAGUCAUUGCAGUGCGGCGCCCCCUUGAGGCCCCUGGAGUCACUGCAGUGCUGA